AUGGCUUCCAAGGUGGCUACGACUGGGAUGUGGGUGACUGAUGAAUGCAAAAAGUCAUUCAUGGAGAUGAAAUGGAUUCGAUAUAUAGUCUUCAAGAUCGGUGAGAAAUCAAGGAUGGUUACGGUCGAUAAGGUCGGGGGAUCCAGCAAAAGCUACGAUGAUCUUACUGCUUUGUUGCCGAUCGAUGAUUGCCGAUAUGCAGUUUUCGAUUUUGAUUUCGUCACCGUUGAUAAGUGUCUGAAAAGCAAGCUCUUUUUCGUUGCAAGGUUGGUUGUCUUUCUACUUCUUUAA